AUGAGUUACAAUUUGAACGAGAAGCAAAGAGCGGUGCGAACCGAAAAUAAUGUCAACGAAUUCGACGAGAGACACCGAAAAGUGAGCGCUUUUUUGACGAACAUUUUUUACUGUUUCAAAAGGCUUUUGGAAUGGCACCUAUGUGAUUCGAAAGACGAAUUCACAGGGAAUCCGAUUUUUGCUGAGAAAAAAUCGUUUUUCUAACAUUUAAUCUGCAGUAGGUCGGGUCGAGUGGAUCGAGUGACAACAAAAGUCGCCCGAACCUUCUGAAUCCUACCGCAGAUCACGUGUUAAAAAAAAGAAUUUUGCACUGGAAUCCUGAAUUUUCUAGACAAUUUCAGAGUGUGAAAUGAUCGAUUACUGCUAGAAAAUACUAAAAAGGCCGAAAUAAAAUUGAUUGUUUAAAAAGAAGAGAGCACAAAACCGAAACGUUUCCGACAUUCCAGCAAGGAAUCGACGCGGCUCGAGCACUCGCAAAUCAGUACAGAAGUCGAAUUACGGAAAGUAAGGACUCGAAUCAGCGACAAGCAGCCAGAGAACUCUCCAAGUACGCUUUUGAGAGAAACAUUGAAAGGGAAAUUGGGAAAUUUGACUGAACAAUGACUAGAAACUACGAUUUUUCAAUGAAAUUAUUUCGAGCACUUGAUAUUGCUUUUUUUUAGAAAAUUUUAAAGAAUACAUAUUUGUGAAACUGAAAUUUCAUUUCUCUUGCAGAUAUGUUCGAACAGAGCUCAAAGACGAGCCCAACUCGUUUAGCGAGGCAUUUUUGAAUGCGAUCGACGGAAGAACCGACGGCGCGAAUCAGGUGGGCAAUUUUUGCAAGAACAUCACUGAGCAAAUGCAAUUUUUUGCAGAGCGCCGUGUACAACUGCGUGAAAAGCGCGUCGAUCGACCAGAAAAGGGCGGGAAUCUAUUUGAUUGUGUGUCUGGUGGAAACACACGCCGGAAAUGUGAUCAGAUACUCGAACUACCUGCUCAAAAUGCUCAACACGGGCGGAAUGGACGAGGAGACGAUCAAAUUGGCGUCGAAAGCGUUGGCUUUCCUCAUUGCGGUCGGUUUUUCAUCGAAAAUUUGAACGGAAACACACUCGUCCUUUUAUUUACACCGAUCCUUGAACAUUUUACUGUUUCACAGUAAAUUGUUCCCAAAAUUGCUCAAAAAUAGGAAUGUUUAACUUGCGCCGUGGUACUGUAUUUAUCAGUUUUGUACGGCGCACUUUCAGAACUGCAAAUCGUACGCGGCGGAGCUGGUGGACCGGUGCCUGGACCACUGCCAGGAAUGGCUUCUGCCCGUCACUCCGAUCGCGUCGAACACGAAAACGUCGGCGGAAGUGGACGAGAACCGACGGCUGGCGGCGGCGCACCUCUCGCGGGAACUCGCCCUCGCCACGCCGACCGCCUUCUUCCUCCGCGCCAAUCUCUUCUUCAAGUACAUUUUCAACGCGGUCCGCUGCAAGAGCCCCGCCGUCCGAAUCGCCGCCAUCGACGCCCUUCACGUCGUUUUGACAAUCGUUUCGCAGAGGGAAACCAAGCACAAAACUGAGUGGUACAAUGUGGGUUGUUGCUAAUUUUUUGAAUAAUGCUCUUCAAACAGCCAUUUGUUUGUAAAUAUUUUUAAAAAUUCUGGCGAACGUACAUUUUAUGGCGGAUUUACCUUUGAGAACUUCACUGCGACUAAUAGUAAAUUUACUGGAAAAUUCCAUUUCCUUUUGAGAAUUUGGCGAAACUGUACAUUUUUAGCAAAAAACUAAAAUGAAAUGUUUUAGGAAUGUUUCCGGGAGGCGUUCAGCAUCCGUCCGGUGCCCAAUUCGAAAGAGGAGCUGGACCGCUGGCACUCGGUGGCUCUCAUCCUCAACGAGCUGCUCCGCAUUGCCGAUCAGUCGUUCGAGCUGGUCCGAUGCGAAUCCUCGCAGUUUAUCAAGCAGAAGUUUUUGCGGGAGGACGAGGAGGACGGCGUCGAGUGGAUAGCCCUUUCAAAGUUGGUUUUUUUUUCAAAAAUAGUUUCCGUUUCAAAACAACGUUACAAACCAUUUACAAGCCAUUUGCGUAAUGGUUAAGCAGCGGAGAAACAAUGAGCGACAGUGCACUGAUUUUCAGACGUCAAAUAAUCGUAGAGAGUGCGACGGCGCGUCAGUUGGUCCGCGAGAAUUUCGAGAAAAUUCUCGACACGGUCCGCGAGAUCAUUCCGCUCGUCAAUCGCAGUCAGAAGCAGCCGACCUACAUUUUCCUCAACACUGUCCUCAUGCAACUGUUGCCACGUAUUUGCGCUUUUCCGCAAUGCGAUCGCACUUUUCAGACGAUCGCAUUCGAAACCGCCUUUUCCAUGUGAGUUUUUUGAACAUUUUCGAGCGAAUGCUCGUUAACAAUGGUUUUAUUUGACUGCAAUCGCGCUCUGUUGAGAAACUCUUUUUGGAGUACAAAUUGCAGUGACCUCGGGGUCGAGUUUGAAAAUUUAGGUUGUUAGGUCCUUAUAAAUGUCUGAAUAUCUUCCUAUUGUCAUUGUCCUUCACGUUUAACUCAAUUAAGCCUACUAGAAUACCUGUACCGAGCCCGCGAAUCGUUAAUGUCCAGAUUGCCUGGAGUUCCCCUUAUGGCGCCGCAAUGUGGACAUUUUCGACUUUACCGCGACUGUAAUAAACCGUUAGGUCUGUAUAACUGUCUAAAUUUCUUCUAUGGGUCAUAUUGGUCAUACAUGUUUAACAGAAAAUGUUUUGGCGUUUUUCUAUUAUAAGAUUUGAAAAUACUUUUUUUUGCAGUCUUACACGAAACGCGGUGGCCGCUCCGGCGAUAGGAAUGAUGAUGCUCUCGAAUCCGGACGUCCACAGUCCGCACAUUAACAAAACGAUCACUUAUGUGUCGCAAGCCAUCAGGUAUCUUUUUUUUUUUUUUUGAGAAAAAAAUUUUCUCGGAAUAUGGCAGUCUCAAAGAGUCACCAAAAUUUUGUUGCUGCCCCGAAUCGGAACUGAUACAAAUCACAACAAAAGCACAACCAAAAAAUUUAACAUCCCGCACGUGAAGCACUUGACUCGUUCCAUCUCGAAUAGAAUGAAACAUCGAGAAAUGACGAUAUUUUCUGCAGAAAACCGCAACAUUCGGACAUUCUCGACAGCUUCUUCACCUUCCUCUUCCUUUUCGUCGACGCCUAUCACGAACAAGUGACUGUGCAGAUCAAAUCGAUAAUAUCGCUGCUGAUGGACAUCCCACUGUCCCGCUCGCUCGCAAACGUGCUCAAAAUGAUCAUGAUGCGCAUUCCGAAGCUGCGUCUGAACGUGCAGGACGGCGUGAUGGCCUCCGUCUACCUCACGCUCACCGGCUGCGUCAUUCCGCCCAAAUCGGAGCCGACCGGCCGACCGCCCAGUCCUAAAGCCAUUCUCGCGAAAGCGGAAACGGACCCGAAAGAGCUUCAACGCAUCGUGCUGGCGGUCGACGUGCUCGGCGAGUUCUAUUUUUCGCGCGGAGCCCUCCAACGGAUCAUGCAGUACGUGGCCGACUACUAUCUGACGGCCGAGAACGUGGAAAUCCGUCUGGCGGCGGUCUCCUCGUGCUGCGAAAUGGUCGUUCCGUUCGUGGGAGUCUACAAAAAGGUGACGACGGACAAGAGGAACAGCCUUCUGCAGACCAUCUACGGAGUUCUUCGGGCAGUCUGUUCGGUUAUCGUCAACGAUCCGGGUGCGCUCUUUUCUUGUUACUGUGGAAGAACUGCCGAAAGAAAUCGGAGCGGUACAAUGGAUGAUGUGAAACUUUUAGCCGUCGUCAGAAUCUACUGAUGGAUAUUUCCUGCAUGAUCCAUUGUACCGCUCUGAUUUUUUUCAGAAUUUAUUUUUUAAUAAGUAGAUUUUUAGAAGUAACGUGUACAUUUCUUCAUUUGCAGACGUGCGCGUGCGAAUGCAAGUGAUCAGUUGCUUCGGUCAGAUGCCCCGCCCCUUUCUGGCUCAUCUGGCUCAGCCGGAAAUGCUGGAAGUGCAAUUCAUGGCGCUGCACGACGAGAAACUCGAGAUGCAGCAGGCGUGCGUGACCCUUCUCGGCCGGCUCGCCGAACUGAAUCCGGCGCUCGUGCUGCCGCGGCUCCGGCUGAUGCUCCUCGAAACGUUGAGCCAGAUGAUGCAGAGCGGACAGGCUCGACUGGAGCAGCACUCAGCCAAGAUGAUCGCGCAGUUGGCGAAGCAGAGCCCCAAGUUCAUGAGGCCCUACGUCGGAUCGCUCAUGAUCGCCAUGAUCCCGAAAAUGCGCAACGACACCAAGGUAUUUAAAAAAAAAAACGAACAAUUCAAAUAUUUAUUAUUCGAAUUCUUCGAAAAAUCCACGCCUUCCAUCAGUCGCCCGUCGUUCGCGAUUUUUCAAAAUGUCUCUUUCACGCUCUUCUUCUGCCGAAUCCGUUUGAUUUCUUCCGAUCAAAAUUUAUAGAAACCCCAAAAGAGCACGAAUUUUCUGUCAAACUCACUUUCAUUGAGAAACCGGAAAAGAGGAAAUGAUUAUUUCUGUUUCGAGAAAAAAAUUUAUUAGUUUCACAAAAGCUUGGCUUUAUCUUGCUUGGCAAGGCUUUAUGAGGGCGCCGAUUCCGCAAUUUUCUUCAACUCGUCUGCCGUCAAAUCGCCCAAUUUUUCGUAUCCGCCGUCGUGUCCUUCGCCCACGCCAUCCUGAAACGGAAACGUUCAUGAAAAAAGAAACGGAACACUUUUGUAGUACAAGAGUUGACGGUCACAUUCUAGAACCAACCUUUGGGACCAUUUUUGACGGUUCCCGGGCCGUGUUCAUGACGGUCAUCGCCUUGGCCGUGUACAUGGCCGUCGACGGCAUCCGGGACGUCUUCUCAGACAGCUCCGAACUCGAAAUGUUUUCAAUCGGCGGCUCCUUCUCGUUCUUCUCCGCUUUUCCGCACGCUUUCUCUCCGUUUUCCGCCGACUUUUUCUCCGCCGCUUCGGCCUUUUUCUUCUCGACUUCCCCGGUCUCUUUGGACGGUUUUUCGGCGCUCAAUGCGGGUUUUCGUGGAUUUUCCGCCGACUUUGAAUCGAUUUUCGGGGGAAUGUUCGUAGAUUUAUUGCUCAGCUUCUUUCUCUUGGAACAGUUGGAGAAGAGGAAAAUGGCCAGCGAGCAGGAAGAGAUAAUGAGUUGGACACUUUGAUGCGAUAAUGAUAGCAGCUGCAAUUUACUAAAUCUUCAAAGAAUAGGCAAUAAAAAACGAUCUGGAACAAAAACACAUUUUUCAAUGAAAUUUUCAGGAAACAGAAAAUAAUUGUUCAUCUUUUUAUCCCGCUAAAAGUCUAAAACUCACUUCCAUUGCGAAAUUCGAAUGUUUUGUUGAGAACAGGAAAUAAUUUGCAUGAGUUGUCCUCGAUUUCAUCGAGAAAACGAAAAGAGAUCACAGAAAAUGUGACGUGAUCACUUUUUUUUUUUACAGUUUCACCCGGAAUAGAACGAAAUUAUUGAAAUAACGAAUGUGAUCAGUGUGUGCGCUGUGAAAUGAAAUAUUAUUAUCAAUUUGCAGUACACGGAAGUGACGGCUCAAGUGCUGAACGCGAUCAGCGAGAUUUCGGUGAUUGGCGGCGCGGAAAUUGUGAAAAAUCUGAAGCCGUUGUUCGAAAAACUCACGCACAUCAUCAAUGAUUCGAGCAGUUUGCACAAAAGAGAGGUGGGCUUAUUUUUCAGGCGCAUGCAAGAAAGUGAUUUGCAGGCGGCACUGCGAGCGAUCGGCGGAAUCUGUCGUUCGACGGCGUACGUCGUCGACCCGUACCGCGACUACCCGACGCUCCUGGACGACCUCCUCCGCAUCCUGAAGACGGUCAUGUCGAACACGAUGCGUCGCGAGGCCAUCAAAACUCUCGGAAUCCUCGGAGCGAUCGAUCCGUACACGCACAAAGUGUUCACCGGAUCCGUGCAAUCGGCGACGGCGAUAAGCACGGCGCUCUCGUUGCCGAUCACGGACACAGACUCGAAGGAUCCGCGGCAGGAGAUCAUCCACUGGUUCAACUACGAAAAGUGCACGCUCGAAGAGUUCUACCCGGCCAUCACGAUCGCCAACCUGAUGCUGAUGAUGCAGGACGAGGACUCGCAGAGCUACGCCGAGAUCGCCCAGGCCAUCGUGACCAUCUUUCGGAGUUUGGGCGAGGCGGCGCCGCAGUACGCCGAGCAGGUGGUCCCGCGGCUCAUCGAAGUGUGCCGACGGGCUACGGCCACCUCGAAUCGAGCCAAUCUCAGAGAGUUCUUCCUGCAGCAACUCGCCAUUUUUGUGGCGAUCAUAAAGAAACACGCGGCGCCGUACAUGCCCGCCAUUUUCACUAUUGUCGCCGUGAGUUUUUGUCACUUUUUAACCCGAAGAAGCGAAAGAAGCGCAUUAGCUACAUUUCUUUAGAGACAAUGUUAAAACUGAAAUGCUUUUACAGUGAAAUAAUAUCAAUUUUUGAAUUGCAGGACGCGUGGAAAGAGGACAUUUCUGUGAAGAUGGUGGUAAUCCAGGUGCUCACCGAAAUGGGCACGGCCAUCGGCGCCGACUUUGCCAAGUACACGUCCGAACUGAUUCCGUACCUUCUGACCGUUCUGCAGACGGACAAAACCAAGGAGAGAGUGCUCACUGUCAAGGUUGGCGCACUUUUUCAUUCUUGAAAAAUUCAAUUUCUUAAAAAACCUCAUUCCGACAAGCUCCUGCAAAUAGUUUGUUGCAGGUGAUGGAAUCGAUCCGCCCGCUCUCGCACUGCAUCACGCAACACCUCCACCUCGUGCUUCCGCCCGUUCUCAUCAUCCUCGACGACUUUUCGCUGAAAUCGUCGAUCCGAAUGACGGCGCUGAAGACGGUGCUGCACAUCGCCGAGCACACGGACAUUGUGGCGUACGCGCCGAGAAUGAUGCAGAGUUGGCACCACAACAUCUCGAACGCGGAGAUGCGCGACAAACUGCUGCUGCUUUUAAUCGAGAUUAUCCGCCAACUCGGCAAGUUUUUCGACAUUUUCAAGAGAGGCGUCGACCAGAAACUGCGCGAUUUCAAUUUGGACAAGUGCGAGCAUUACGACGUGUACCGGAAGUUGGCACAAAGGGCGCAAAUGUCCAGGGAUGUGAUCACCUCGUCCGUAUUCGCCGGUUCCAACGGCAAUUUGCAGUCUGCACAGUCGAUUAUCAGGUUGGAAUGGAAAUUUUUUUUUACAGUUUCAUAAAAUGCUUAUAGAAUUUCUAUCUUACAUAAAAGUUAGUAUUAGUUCUCGCUUCAUAGGUGCGGGAUGUUUGAGAAACGCCAAAACAUGUUUCAACAGUCGCGGUAAAGUCGAAAAUGUCCAGAUUGCUGCCCCUUAAGGACACUCCUGCAAUCUGGACAUUAGUGGACUCCAGUGCAUGUACCAGGUUUCCUCGUGGGUUCAAAUGAGACAAAACUAGAAGAACAUAGCCCAUAGACGUAAUUCACAGUUAGAACAACUUGACGCCUUACCGCUGCCAAAUUUUUCUUUCGAACCAGGCCCCUCGCCUGUCCCGAACUGCCGGCGCGCAAUUCAAAACACCAAUGUCUCGCUCUCUCACAUUUAAAAACAUUUGUAAUUUUUGCAGAGGAUCAAAUGCGGCGAACGCAGUGCUGGGAAACAUGGAACUGCACGAGCGUCUGAUGAAUGGAUCGAUCGAUUCGGGAGCGAGUCGGGGAGAUGCCAGAGAAAGUGAAUACUACGGAUACGGAAUGGAGGAGAAACGUAUGCGCCUCUUUUUGUUUUAUUAAGAAUGGAGUGUACGAUAAAUUGAACAACACUCAGUAGAUUAUGUACACUAAAUUAAUUUGAAACUGUAAUUUUUGCUGCAAAAGUUGUAGGAGAAGCGCCGGCUCCGCCCACAUCGGCCCGUCCCACCAGCGAAUUGGUGACCAUCAAAAUUUCGAAACAACGACUCAAUAAAGAUGUGAGUUUCCCCUUUUCUUUUUUCCGGAAAAAUUUCCAGAAUUUCCCCAUUUCCAGCUGGUUCUUCAAUGGCGAAACGAGAAUUUGACGUCGAAAGACGAGUGGUUGCAGUGGAUGAUGAAGAUUCGGAUAGCCUUUCUCAAGGUACGGCAGAUUUAUAUUCCGAAGCAAGUGAAAGUACUGCAGUUCGAUAAUUUUUGCAGUUUUCAUGAAACUGGAAACAAUUUAUUGAUUUUUUUUCUCGAUAAUGUUAGAGAUAUCAAGAGUUAUAUUAACAAAAAUGAUUUCAACAUAAUAUUGCCUGCGUCUCUGCCUUUUCGCACGCUAAUCGCCUCUCUCUCUCUCUCUCUCGUCCCCAGAUGUUUUCUGUAAGCAAUUUCUGAAUUAACGCGAACCGAAUCGCUCCUCGAAAAUACCGAAAAAAUAGUUUGUUCCCAAUUAAAGAAACGAGCAUUUGCAGAGUGGCAGCAGUCCGUCUCUGCGGGCGGCCUCAAGUCUGGGCGACACGCACCCGCACCUGGCCAGGGAUCUCUUCCCGGCCGCCUUCAUGUCCGUCUGGACCGAAUUGGACUCGGACGUGCAGAACGAUCUGACGGGCUCCCUGCUGCGAGCACUGGACACGGGCUACUCGGAACUCAUCCAGACGAUUCUGAAUCUGGCAGAGUUCAUGGAUCACUCGGAACGCGGACCGCUUCCGAUCGACCACAAAGCACUCGGGCACUGGGCCGAAAUGACGAAGGCUUACGCGAAAGCGUCUCGCUACAAGGAGAUGCAGAUAUUGAAGCGGACCGAGGAGGAGCAGGGCGGGGAACUCAAACUGACCGUUGACGACUGCCAGUCACUAAUCACGUGAGAGCACUAGUGAAAUUACACUUUUGUAAUGAAACAUCCAAAAAAUUUACCCUGUAAACUAUAGUUUUCUGCUGCCCAUAGUUAUGGAAUAGAAAAGCGCACGACGCAGAAAGACAAUUUGAAUAAUCCAAUAUUUUGUCAAAAACAUUCCGCUAAUACGAAUGUUCAGUGAAACUAAAAUGAAAUCCUUAUUCCAGAUUCGCCAACAAACUGAACGUGCAAGAGGAGGCGGCGGGAGUGGUGCGGUACGCGGAACGAAACAAAAUGAACAUCAAAAUGUGUGGGCGGUGGUACGAGAAGCUGAACGAGUGGGAGAAGGCGCUGAAGGCGUACAGCGAGGAGACGGUCGAGAAUCUGACAAUCUCCUCCGUCUCGUCGGCCACCACCGCCUCCUCUUCGAUUUCGCCGACGCCGACGGACACGUUUGCGGUCGACGACGCGCGAAUGCACGAGAUGCGGUGUCUGGAGGCACUCGCGCAAUGGGACAAACUCAACGAGAAAUCGGAAAUUUGGGCGAGGGAACGGGAGAAACGCGACCAAAAGGUGGCGGUGAGCAAGAACUCGCGACAGCUCGACCACAAGAUAGCAGUUAUUGCGGCCAGAGGAGCAUGGGCCACUGGUCAGUACUUUUUUCUUCGUUUCUUCGACUAGAAAGACUGUUUUUGCAGACGAUUGGAGCAGAAUGGCCGAGUACGUGUCGGUGAUCUCUGAGAACACUCAAGACGGAGCGAUGCUUCGAGCCGUCGUCGCCGUGCACAAGUGAGCCUUUUCUUUCCCAAUGUUUUUCUACAGUCGACUCAUUUCUAGUGACGAAAACACGAAAGCGAUGGGAUUGAUCGAAAAAGUGCGCGAAAUGAUCGACAGCGAUUUGACGGCGAUGGCGAGCGAAAGUUACGAAAGAGCCUACACUCCGAUGGUUUCCGUUCAGCAAAUGGCCGAAUUGGAGGAGGCCAUCGAGUACAAGGUAAGGGGAAUUUCAGCAAAAAAGAGCAAAGAAAUUGGAGAAAAUUUAGUUGGAAUUAGAAAAAGCCCAUUUAUUCCAUUCAAUCCAUUACAAUCUUCAAUUACUCCUAUGA